CCAAAAAGUUGAAAGAAAGAAGUUGCAGUAGGAAUGAGCAGCCACCUCUCGUGUUCCUCCGUCUCUUCUGUAAACCCCCUGAAAACCCAGACAAACUCCCAACAGCUGCUUAUAACUAUAAGGCUAAGCUACUUGGGUCUACUUCAGAGACCUGAAGACUCUCCUACUUUAGGGUAAAGGAAGGCUUCCCAAUCCUCUACAGCCCGCUUGUCUCUUCUUCUUCUUCUUCUUCAGGUUUUCUAUAUCCUAGAGACACCCAUGUCUUUCAACACCCAGAGAGUGGGGAUAAGGCGCUUGAAAGGACUUUGACUGGGUAGUAAUGGGUAGCUGCCCAUGUUCAAAUCAUGUUUGGUUGAUUCGGCUUUUCUCCGAAACUGUGUGUUUUUUGUCAAUAGGGUGAGUUUUAGAGUGUAUUCUGCCGCUGCUUCUGCAUUGUUGCUGGAGGAUCAUGUGUUUGUGAAAGCUCCAUUACCCUUUGAGGCCUUUGCAGUUCAGGAAAUUAAAGCUCUGGGGAAAAGGUUUUGUACUCAGAGAAAGAAAAAUUUGUAUCCCUUUGUUGUCAGAUUGUUUAAAACUUUGAAUUGGGAGGUCGCAUGGGAUGCAAGGUUCUCUAAGUCUGUGAAAGAGCAUGGCUUUUCUCAUUCUUUAAAUGCCUUUAGAAUUAUUGUUCAUGAAUUUGCAUUGGUGGGAAUGCAAAUGGAAGUGCAGGCUUUGCUUAGAGAUGUUGUAUUCUAUUAUCAAGAAGCUAAGUAUGAUGCAUUUGAGCUGUUCCCAUAUUUAUUGGAUUCACCUCACAGUGGGGUGAGAUCGCUUGUUGUAUUUGAUGCACUAAUAACGGCUUUCGCUGACAACUCGAUGCCUGAGAAUGCUGUGGAUGUGUUUUUGAAGAUUAAAAGAAUGGGUCUUGAGCCACACAUUUGGUCUUGUAAUAUCUUGCUCAAGUGUUUGGCAGAAGCAAACAAACUGGAAUGUGUUAGAAGCUUAUUCGAAUGUUUGAAAAACUCUGGGCCAUCUCCUAAUGUUUACACUUACACAGUUAUGAUGAGCUUUUUCUGUACAGGAUAUCCACUGCAGGAUGUGGAUAUCAGUCGAGCGACUGACAUUCUUCAAGAAAUGGAGAAAAGUGGGAAACACCCAACUGCAGUGAUAUAUGCUGAAUAUAUUCAUGGACUUUGUAAAGCUGGAUAUGUUGAGUUUGCUUUGGACUUCAUCCGAAACAUGCAACACAGAGACCAACCUCUCAAUAGUUAUUGUUAUAAUGCUAUACUUCGUGGGUUUUGCCAAAAAGGCGAAACUUGUGAAGCUCUAAAAUUGUUGGAGGAAAUGAAAAGCUACGGGAUGGUGCCAGAUGUUUAUUGCUACACCAUAUUGAUAGAUGGAUUUUGCAAGGAAGGGGAUAUAGAGAAAGCUCUUGCUUUGUUUGAGGAAAUGGAGCUUUGUAAAAUAAAACCUUCUUUGGUUAGCUAUAGCUCACUCAUAUAUGGUCUUUGCAAACUUGGAUUGAUAGAUCAUAUGUUAGAUAUAUAUCGUAAUCUGGAGUCUGCCGGUGUGUGCCCUGAUGCUAUCACUUGCACUCUCAUUGUUGAUGGGUUUUGCAGGGAAGGGCGCUUGGAGGAAGCCUUGAGAUUUAUUUACAAGUUGUAUCAUCAAGGCAUAAGCCCUAACUCGUAUACUUAUAAUGCAGUCCUCAACAGUCUGUGCAAGCAAGGAAAGCCAGAAAAAGCAUGGGAACUAAUCCCUCAAAUGCUUAAAAGGAAUAUACUCCCAGAAGUUGCAAAUUAUAAUACUCUUAUAAAUGGCUUUGGAAAACAGUUGAAUUCAAAGAAGGCCUGCAUGGUGUAUGGAGGAAUGCUCAAAGCUGGUGUCAUGCCUAAUACAGUCACAUAUACAAUCCUUAUCAAUAUACUCUCCCAUAGAGGCAAAAUAUAUGAAGCUUGUAAUAUGUUCAAGGAAAUGAGUGAAAGGGGUUUGGCUGCAGAUGUGAUUUCUUAUACAUCUCUAAUUGCUGGGUUUUGUAGGAUGGGAGACAUGAAGAAGGCUUGGGUACUGUUCAAAGAAAUGUUGAGCAAAAACCAUUUGCCCAAUGCUAUCACGUAUACGUGUUUAAUAGAUGGUUUUUGCAAGUCUUCUCGCAUGGAUUAUGCCAGUUUCUUGUUUGAGGAAAUGAAGAAUAAAAAUGUUACUCCUGAUCUGGUGACUUACACUGUUCUCAUCAUUGGGUACUGUAGGCUCCGGAAUAUUGAUAGAGCAAUUCAGUUAUUUGAUGAAAUGAAGCACAGUGGUAUCUCAGGGGAUGGUUUUGCCAAUGAAGCUUUGGGGCUUUACACCAAAGACUGGUUUGUUUACAAAAGAUUAGAAAGCUGAGGAAACGAUCUUUCGAUGACGACCAGAUGGUGUGUUUCCAAUCACAGACUUCUUAAAUCAUCACUGAGACAAAUCAAAGUGCUAUUGCUGAGGCAUGUGAAUAUUCGCUUACAGAGAUCUAUGGACAGGUGGUAGGUUCUCGACGAGAAAGAUUUCAUGUCCUCUCAUUAUUGGAUUUUCAAUGAAAUUGCAACUACAGGAGGUGCACAUUGAAUUUUGGAAGAUGUGGAAGUUAUUUCAUGUUUUACUUGGUGCUGACCCCUGUAACUCCUAAAAUACUAGCUUCAUGUGCAGUUUGCAGACUUGCUUUAAUUGAAACUGUUGAGGUGGAGAUUGGCAACAGAGUGAACUCCAUAUUUUGAUGGAAUACACGGUAAUGGGGUGAUUAAGACUACAGAAAAAAAGAAAAAAAAAAGAAAAGAAAGGUGCCAAGCUACAGGAAAUAUGAGAAGGAAUACAGAGGAGAUGAAUUGCAAGGGUUUAAUUUUAAGAAACCAGGUCGGAGAAUGCUCAGUCAUGCAUAAGUAAUCUUGUCAAGGCCCAGGGUUCCAAAGAUCAAUCCUUGUAAUCUCGAAGUCCCAUUUCUUGCUUUAUCAGGGCCAGCAAUUGUUGUGCGUGACUACCCAUAUGGAUGCAGAGUUUGAUGCUAUACCAUCCAACACUCUGGCAUGCAUUGAUGUUUCGUGUUGAAAACCGGGCUGUGGUCGCUGCUCCAAGAAAUGAGUUAUAUCAGUUCCAAGCUGGAAUCUGUCCAGGAUGUGAGCUCCUUUGAAGUUGAAUAUUUUGACAGGAAGUCGACUUAUGUUGGUGCAAGAAGAUCAGAAUAGUCAUCAAGAGAACAAGAACCAGGCAGUCUAUUGAGUCGCUUGUGCCCACAACUCCAAGACAUCAUUAGCUUUAUGAGACACUACACAUUGCAUUUCGUUGCUUGGUACAGAGAUCCAAACCUUUCCACAUGCACGUCUUAGCAGUUUGGUAUUAUUGUUUGCAGGGUAACGCAAGUUCUUUUCUUGUAAAAACGACAAAUUUUCCUUUUCUCAUUUGAACAUAUGACUCAAUAUGGUCUCCA